GUUCCAUUUCUGACGCGGCAGCUGGCUUGUUUGCGGGUGAUGAAAGCACGGUGAUUGUGGUUCUCCGGUGGAAAUUCGAGGCAUUCCAUGUGAGACAACAUGGGGGACAGCACAAAAUACUCCAUUCUACUACCCACAUACAACGAGAAAGAGAACCUCCCGGUUGUUGUAUGGCUGAUAGACAAAUACAUGACACGGAGCAAGCUGAAGUAUGAGAUCGUCGUCAUCGACGAUGCCAGUCCCGACGGCACGCUUGAAGUGGCGAAGAGGCUCCAGAAAAUCUUCGGGGAGGACAAACUCCUUCUGAGACCUCGGGAAGCCAAACUCGGUCUCGGAACAGCUUAUAUCCAUGGAUUGAAGCACGCAACAGGAGAGUUCAUUGUGAUUAUGGACGCCGAUCUCUCGCAUCAUCCGAAAUUCAUUCCCCAGAUGGUGGCGAAACAGAAACAAGGGGAUUUGGACAUCGUUUCCGGGACCCGGUAUGCUUCAAACGGUGGAGUUCAUGGCUGGGAUUUCAAACGCAAGCUGAUCUCGCGCGGAGCGAACUUCCUCACCCAAAUUCUCCUUCGACCCGGAGCGAGUGAUCUCACCGGCUCAUUCCGCUUGUACAAAAGGGACGUCCUCAAGAAAUUAGUGAGCUCCUGCAUUUCGAAGGGCUACGUGUUCCAAAUGGAAAUGAUCGUCAGAGCUCGUCAGUUCAAUUGCUCGAUCGGGGAGGUCGGCAUUUCAUUCGUCGAUCGAUUCUACGGCGAGAGCAAGAUGGGUGGCAACGAGAUAAUUGGCUUCGCCAAAGGUCUCCUCUACCUUUUCGCUACGACGUGAACAUUCCAGCGAGGGCUUCGGCUCCAGAGGAGCGGGGUCAAUGUCAAACUCCUUGAUGAGAAAAAGAGUAUUCGUGUCAUAUAAAUAAAGCCGUCCGAUACGCC